GCACAAAUGAUCCUGUUUGCCUGGGCAAACCAGGCGGAAGGAAACGAGAAAUCUGAGGUGGCGUGCGCAUCCAUUGACGAGAUCUGCGAUCUGACAAGCUAAUUCGCUGUAUAAUUAUUAAUAUGAUUGUGGUUUUCCUCGUCGCCAUGUUCCUGCUUGUUGUGACUUCCGUUAUAGUGCACGACCGAGGCGAUUGAAGACUUUUGUUUAGGUCAAGAACCAGGAAAAAGAAAAUAUUUCAAAUGCGCGACAUGAAGUGGCAGAACAUUUCAGUCCAGCUUGCAGAACACCAUUGUUCUGCAGGAGCAAAGCUUUGGAACCACUGAUCUAGAGAAAAAGAAUGUCUCAUCUUCAUUGUGGUCGAUGUAUGUGAUGCCAUGCUGAACCCCUAUUAUGGAAACGAGGAUUCCAACUCAGACAAUGAACUGGUCAGCAUUCCAGGGCAAUCGCUGUCUGAGUUGGCAACACAGAUGCCAACUGUUGUUGUGGAGAACUCCUCUGACAUCCGUAUUGGUCCUCACCUCCAGUACAAUGGUCCGGUGACUGUCAAACAGUACAUAACAGUGAAUGGGAAAGAAGAAAUUAAGUCCUCAUCUGAUGAUGUUUAUCAUGAUAUUGCAACCUCUGGUCUGCAGCCGCUGGAUGUGAUCGGAAAGAAUGUGGUGUUGAGAGACUGCACUAAUGAACAGCUGGAUUCUGAAAAUCAGGCAUGGCUCAGGAACCGCUAUGUGUGGAGUGCAGUGGCGGUUGUGUUGCUCGUAGCCAUUAUUGUUUCUCUUGCUGUCACAUUACCUGGGGCAGAAUACGAAACCGUCACUCCUAUUAAGACUAGUAAAAUUCAGUUCCUUCUUGAACAUGAUUACGUAGACGUAUACGAAGGUUACAAAUCUGUUCAGUGGUUUGUGAAUGUGAAAGCACCAUCCAAACCAAAGUUGGUGUGGUAUGGACCUGACUGUGAAGUAUUAGAGGAGCGCGAUGGUCCAUCGAGUUACAAAGUGUACACAUCCCCAGAUGGGAAAACGACAAAGCUGAAGAUAAACAACAUUUUGCUGAAAGACAGAGGCUUGUACCGUCUACAAGCUCGCACCAAGGAUGAUGAAGAUUGGGCUUACAUCACGCUUAAUGUGAAAAGCAUGAAGCCCCUUGAAAACCAGCACGUCACAAUGUGCUAUAUGGCUGAGUGGGCGUACUACAGACAGGGCCUCGGCAAGUUCACAAUUGAUGACAUCGUUCCAACGCUCUGCAGCCAUGUUGUGUAUGCUUUUGCGGCCCUCAAUGUUAACGAGAACUCCAUUGAAAGUAUGAUACCUGAAUAUGACCUGGAGGACAAUAAUGGGACAGGGGCCUACAAGAAGGUGACUUCCCUGAAAGAAAAAUACCCACAUCUUAAAGUACUGCUUGGUAUGGGCGGCUGGAAAGAAAGAAUAGAAAAGAAUUAUUCUGUAGUGGCAGAAUCUCCCACCAGGAGAAAGGCUUUCGUCAGAAGUGUCUCAGACUUCCUCAGAAAGUAUAAUUUUGACGGACUUGAUUUCCACUGGCAGUAUCCAGCUGAACAACAUGGUGUCCCUGCAGACAAGAUGAACUUUGUACAUCUUUUGAAGGAGUUGAGGGAGGAGUUUGACAAGUUUGGCUGGUUGCUGACAGCACCACUAGGGGUGAUCCCAGACACGAUAGAGCAAUCAUUCGAUAUACCAGCCAUUAGCCGGUAUCUGGAUUACAUGUUUGCCAUGUGCUACUCAUACCAUCAUCACGACGAAGGACAGACUGGACCUAAUGCACCUUUGUACCCGCUUCAUCCAGAUGAUGAACGUAAUGUGGAGUCCAGUAUUAGUAUAUUGCUUGACAAGGGAGUUCCUCGAGAUAAGCUGGUCCUGGCGCUUCCUAUGUAUGGCCGCAUCUUCAAAAUGAACCAUGCGGGUGAACCUGUUGGGUUUGGUAUACCUGCAGUUGAAGGGCAAAGAGGGUCAUAUGUUCAGGGAGAUGGUAUGUGGGGUUACAAUGAGAUUUGUUAUGAAGUGGACAACCCAUUAUCCAAUUGGGUGAAGCGCUGGGAUAAUGUAACCCACACCCCAUAUGCUUAUAAAGAUGAUCAGUUCAUGUCAUACGAUAAUGUAGCAAGUAUUACAGAGAAGGUGAAACUGGCUUUGAAGAAGAAGCUUGCGGGAGUGAUGAUAUGGUCUCUUGACAUGGAUGACUUUCGUGGUUCUUGUACGUUCGGUAAGAGUGGAUCCGCUGUCUACCCUCUCUUGCGGGCUAUUAACAACGCCCUUGACCCUACCAUGUCGUGGAAUAAGGUUCCAUGUAACUCAAGCACAGUAGCAUGAGGAUUGGUAACGAUAGCGUAAGACGUGUGUUGGUGGGGGCAACAUUUACGUCACGAAUGAGCCGCAUUGUGUUCAAAGAACUACAGUGUCUGAAUGUUGUCAACCGCGAUUUAGAGUUUUUGUGCGAUAAACGACGACAUCGUGAAUGUCAGCAUAGAUAUCUCUGGACCGUUUGGUUCAGGUAGCCUCUGAGUGUCGCACAUUGCUUUGCCGUCAUCAAAAUACGCUGCAUUGCAACUGUGGCAUUUGAGAAUUAAACAUUUCAGUGCUGGUGAAGAAUAAUACUGCAUCGGUUUGUUAGUCAGCACUCGUCUGAUGAUCUGGUUUUGAAUGUCCGUGCAAUAAUAUUUUAUCCAUGGUUAAGUAUAGUUUUCUUGCCCCUUGAAAUUUUUUUUCUCGGAAACUAUUUAUUUUUUUAUUUUAUUUUAUUUAGAUCUAUCCAUGUUUUGGCAAUUUGUAUUUUUAGCAAAUUUGUUCCAUUUGCGUCACUGGAACUGUCCUGCGGGAAUUCCUUUGUCUGUGCGUCGUAAAUGAAUUUUUGCAGUAAAGUGUUCCUGGGUGAUCGGCCGUAUCGGUGUGUGACGAAUUGCCAUUUUCAGUAGCUGUUUCUGCCUCCGUCAUAAUUCCACGCUGACGUGGUUGGUCAUCCGUGAAGACCAUUGCAUUCAGUCUGUAUCUUAUAGCAACAUUUGUGUUGAGAAGGAACUUCGCAACUUGGAAUGGAUAAAGCUAAUACCAUAAACAACUCUGUGAUUAUUAGUCAAGGUCAUGAAACUAUAUAAUUCAUUUUUGUCGUAAUGUUCAUGUCUUUUACUGGCAUUUUGUUCUUAAUAGUUACGCUUUUGUUUAUUGUGGAAAAGAAGAACUGUAUCCAUGUUUGAUCUGCUGUAUAAUGUUAUACAACCGUUUUAACGUGUCGUGACGAUAAUUUUGCCAGUCCCUGUGGAGACGUUGCAUGAGGACAUGUAAUUCUGAGAAAUCUUGAGUUCUAUUCGCUAUUUGUGCUCAAGUCAACCAACUUAGUUUUAUCAAUCGAGGAUAGCGUAACUCGGUUCACUCGUUGGCACUUGUUUAUUUUAACGUAUGCCAUCCAAGAUGAUCUGAUUUCUCUUUCGUUGCCACGGGUAGCGUGAUGUUGCAAAAGUCGUUUUCCAUAUUAGGCUGUUUAGUUUUUUCGAUCAAGAACGACAACUUGGUAUUUUCAAAUAUAAGAUACGGUGUUUCAAUUUCGCAGGUUACGUCAGACCUGCUUAUACAUUACAUAUGUUACGAAAUAUGCGUAUGUAACAUUUAUCAAUGUUAACAUGGAGUUCUUAUGACAAAUGAGCAGUGCAUCAUGACAAUUAGAGUCCGAACAUUGUAUUUUGUGUAUUUUCUUCCCGUAAACAUAGCCAAGAAUGUUUUUUGGUAUGUCAUGUUAGCGCCGACGUUGAAGGCAGGCUCUGACCUACUGACGUGAUAUAAGUAUCAGUCCUGGUGGACUUUUGUAAUGUUUUCACUUACAGUUGUGAUUAAUCAUUUUGACGAAGUUGGCCGUCUUCUGGGCUGUAGCGCCACGUAGCCUGGUAGAAGUUUACCUACAUUUGAGACGUCCUUGCAGGCUCAUCCACAAUGACCUCUGAAACGUUGGUAAGCUUGCGUUGCCAUUAACUGGCCGCGUACGUUUACGGAGUUUGCGUACAAUGGGCAUUAUACUGGCUGCAGGAAUUUAAAGAUUACUUAUCUAUGAUAUAGAAGUGAUACUCUAAUUGAAAGUUAUUUCUCGUAAUAAGGUGCAUUGUUUUAUAUAUAUUUUUUGCAUGAUUAGAUCUUAAGAAAUUUGAUAAAAUGUACAUUUUUAUGUGUGUUACUUGAUAUGAAAAUUUUAUUAUUUGCAAGGUAUACAUGACUUCAUAAUUGUUGUUUAUUUUUAACUGGUACAUUUCCGUCAAGUCUGUGAUUCUGCAAAAGAAGAUACAGAUGUAUUAAUGACAUGAAAUGCAUAAUACUCAAUUGUAAUAACUGUUUGUUGUUUUUUCCCCCCAAAUAAGUGGUUAUCCUUGUUUUAAUUUCAUUUUUUGGAGUUCUGCAAGAGAGUGCAGCACAAAAUGAACUCUUCGUGGGCUACCAGCCGUGUCUGGUGGUCGAAUGGAGAAAACUCCGUUUCGAGAACGUCUUCGUCUUGGUCUUCAUGCUCGUAGCCCGAAAAAAUUCAUUGUACUUAGUCGCUGUGAACGCUUCAGAUCGUACAAAGUGCAACAACUUAAACAUUUGUCUGUUAUGUUAACAAUUUGUUUAAAAUUUGUGUUUGAUACUGCCAUUGUUCUAGAAACUUAGAGAUGCUACUGGAUCAUUUUGAACUAAAAAGGGCGAUCACUUAAUAAAGCCUUCGGAAACGUA